AUCUGAUCGACAACGCAUGCGCGUAUUCCGCCACUAUAAACGGCAUUUUAAAAGACCCGCUGUCGGAGUUUCUGUCAUCAUCGUUCAGAAGUUGAUGUGUUACCAUUGGCUUUGAUGUAUUUCAUUGACUUCAAGAGUAAAACAAAGGCUCGUUAAAUAGCUUGUUAGAGUUUUGACGAUUUGUGCUUGUUGAGAAUCAUGAAGGACUUUCAAAAUAUCGGUGUAGUGCUGCAGCUUGCGGCUAUGCUCAUACUUCUCAUCAAGAUCGUUUUUACGCGCAACUGCUCUGGUCUAAGCGGUCGAACCCAAAUACUUCAUGCACUGGCGUUCAGCACGCGGUUUUUGGAUCUGCCAGAUGAAUUGGAGGUGUCGAUACUGUUUUUCGCACUGAAGAUCGUCUACCUGUUGAUUGCUUAUAUGACAGUGGCCGUGAUAUUCAUCGCCUGCCGGAGAACUUAUGAGCAAGAAUACGACGCUUUCAGGAUCGAUUACCUGGUGGGAGCGUGCCUAACGGCGGCAAUAAUAACGAGUUACAAGCACCUCGAUAUCUUGUCGAUCUUGUGGUACUUCAGUGUCUAUCUGGAGACAUUUGCCAUCCUGCCGCAAAUCUUCUUUACUAGGAACGCCGACUACGCGGGCAGCUCCCUCGUCUUCUACGUUGGUUUGCUCGCUUGUUAUCGGCUCUUCGAUGUGGUUCACUGGGGAUACGGCAUUUGGACUGCUUCUCUCGCCGAUAGCCUCUUCGUCGUCGUCAAUGGCACGCUGCAACUGCUCAUUUAUUGCGGAUACUUUAGUUGGAUGGUGCCGUUGUUUCAAACUCGUUACGACCAUUUGAGAGACGCCAAUGCUAUGUCCGAGGUGACAAAAGUCUCGAGUGAUGUCACGUCCAAUGGCAUCAAAAACACCGCUGAGUACUGACACUCUUGACUGAUAUUUUAGGGUGAGCGUGAGUGCUAAUGUGUGAUAGUUGUUACGAUAUAUAUAUAGUGAUUUCAAGUGAAUCGGCAGCAAAAUGAAUUGACUCGAACAAUUGGCAAGGACUUAUAAUUAAUCGAAAACUGUCUGCAAAAGUCAAGCGAUUUAACAAGAAACAGAUUUUUAUUUACGUUACUAAUCAAAAUACUAUAUAAAAUAUAAGAUAUAUUAUAAUUACAGUAUAUCUUAUCGCUUCGCGCAUAUCAACUUUAGAAUAAACAUGUUUGAAAUCGAUUCAUUUGUAGGAUCUUUUGUAUCUCAAAUAGUUAUAUUUUACUUAAAAUGUAUAGUUCAACCGAACGCCGUGGAAGUCAGUCGUAAAAAUGAGAAGAAAAAAAUGGAAUGUCAAAAAGUCCGUGCGAAAUGGCGCGAGCUCCGUUUCUUAUUAUUUAUUAUUAUUAUUAUUUAUGUAAUCAUUUAUUAUUUGUUUCUUUGCAUAGGAAUGAAAAUAUUUGCAAUACUUGAUUCCUGAGGGUAUACGAUAGAGCUCUAAAGAUAAAAGUUGUAACGGUUCUUUUUACGAAAUAGACAGUGAUCGA